CCUCAAUUCGGUAGUCACAGAACAGGAAGGGCGGCUCGAUGGAAUGUUUGGCCACACUUAGACCGACUCAGUAUUCCAAGCGCCAGCAGUAGAAAUACGCCAGGGGGGCCACUCUAUAUGACGAAAAACUAACUUUCUGAGCACUGUUGCGCGAGCCACGGCUCUUUCUCGUCGUAUUCGACGUCCCAAUUGCACGAGAUCUCUCAUUCGUUCGUUUUUCUUCAGUAUAGAGUAGCCUUCCUGUAUCUGUACGCGCUGAAAUCGUGAAAAUUUCUCCUUCAGUCUCCAUCGAGCCUUCAGCGAGGGAGGUCGUUCGUCCCUCCCCCUGAAAAUAUACGACAUAUUUGCAAUAAAGGCCACUGCGCGAAACGCAAUAGAAACUGUGACACAACUUUCCCGCGUGUUCUAUUUGAAUAAGGUUUUUUUAGGUCAAGAUUUGUGUAAGGUGUUUCAGUGGUGAAUAUUUCCAGUUGAAUUUAGCGGGGAUAUGUGAGAUUUCCCUCCACCCUUUACGAGCACCAUGAAGAGAAUCCAACCAAAACCGAGCACUCGAAAACAAAAGAAAACCAGCCAAAUACUACCGCACCAUAAUCCAUGAUCCAGGCAUCUCACAGUCGAAUCCUCCAGAUCUAAAUGCCUGAUCCACGAAAUCAUGCGCUGAUGUGUCCGUGCGCCGACUAUGUUCGACUCCACCAAAGGCGCAGUGCUUAUUGCCCCCUCGUUGUCUAACAGUUCGUGCUGGCUCAACGGUAGAGGCUGGCCCUCGACUUUCCCUGCUGUUGCUGACAUUAUCAAAGCUUUCUUUAUCUUUGCGCUGUCUGCUGCCAUUGUGCUGGGAAAUUUGAUAUUGGUCUGCGUACUUAAUAAUCGGAGAUAUAUUAAGUACAUUGAUAAUCAGCCGCGAUACCUGCUGACAUCCCUGGCUCUGAACGACCUGUUCACCGGGGUGCUGAUAGCGCCGGUGGCGCUGCUGCCCGCGCUCUACAAGUGCUGGCCCUACGGGGAGAUCUUCUGCCAGAUACAGGCGCUGCUGCGAGGAGCCCUGAGCCAGCAGAGCGCCGUGAUCCUGGUCUGCAUGGCGAUAGACCGCUACCUGUAUCUUCUGCACCCGGAUACGUAUCACAAACACUCUAGUAAAAAGGGUUGCAUGUUGGUUAUUAGUAUAACGUGGAUACUGUCUGUUUCGCUGUUUGCUAUGAUGGUGCUUCCCAGAACUGGAUAUUACUUCAACUCGACGGGACUCAUGGCGUGUGAUGUCUUUCACAGUAGAGUAGCCUACAGAAUCCUAUCAUGCUGCGCGUACUACUUCCCCACAACCAUGGCUCUGAUGUACUGCUACGGUUCAGGGUUCCACAUUAGCAAGACCAGGAAUAAGUGCGACCAGGUCAUGGAGAGACCCAACGGGGUGCCGCCGGCCUGCAAGAACGGGGAUCUGGAUCCUGUGCGCCGCAUCCCGCCGCCGGCGCGCCCGCACAGCGCCAGCACCUCGCGCACCAUGGCCGCCAUGUCGCUCGGCUUCAUCGUCAUGGUGACACCCGCCACGAUCCAGGAGGUGGUGGCUGCUUGCACCGGGUGUAAAGUGCCUCCAAUAUUGGACUUCGUGGUGACGUGGCUGGCGCUGAGCAACAGUUUCUGGAACCCUUUCCUGUACUGGCUGCUCAACAGCCACUUCAGAAGAAUUAGCAGUGAUUUACUACAAUUUUAUAUUUGCUGUAGAAGACCCAAAUCUUUCCCCGCCUACGACAAGCCAGUCGGGUGUUGCGGCUCCCCCAUCACCUCCGACGGAUUACACUCUAAAGGUGAAUUCGAAGGCCUCGGUGAAAAGUACUGGGGCGAAAUACUUGAGAGGACCGUCUCAUCCACAUCUCUACACGCUAUCCAAAAGGCGUGUCAUAGAGACCACUUGCGCUGUACUGGAUCUUUUAAAGGCUGCCCAAGUUCCGCUUGCAAACAUGACGCACGAUUCUUCGACGGGUAUGGACCCAGAGAGUACAGAUCUACGCCAUUCCAAAUAGAGCCGUGCUCCAGACACGGGCGGUUGAAGUCGUCAGACAUCUGCCUGUUCAGACCCAACGCAGAGCUCGAAUACGAUCGGACGAGGUCUAACCUCAGCUUGGAUGAGAGCAACUUCAGCAAAUGCAAUGGACGACACCCGGAGUUGUGAGAGU